UGCUUUUUGUGAGCUGUCAUGGAAAACCACUCUUGUUCAAGCAUUUUGGAGACAGAGAACGAAAUGGAUCCAAAACACACUUUUGUUUUUCUGAUUACAGCAGUAUGCUUCCUGGCAGAGGGGACAGCCAGGACGUUUUUUCUCCAAUCCGAGUUCAGAAAACAAAACUCAUGUAUGGGGGGCAAUCUAAUGAAAUUCCACAAAGACACAGCUUGCCAAGCUUUAAAAGGUCCAUGUCAGGCGAAAUGUGAUGGUGCGAGUACAAGAGAUGUCAACACUAGAUUUUCAAUUGUGGAUGUCAGAGGCUUGAGGUGCAUCCAGUUUACUGAUAAGCACUCUAAUACCAAAUACGCAUUAAAGAUCAAGCACGGCACAAAUGAUAUUGUUUUUGAGAAACGGCAAUGUGACAACUCAAUUGGCAGUGAGUUCCUUUUUACAGAGAAGAAAGUUAGUGGAAUGUUUAAGUACAUGCAUCGAAACACGAUGUGCCUUGGAAUAUCUUCCAACUGUGAUGAUACUAAUUUGCAUUUGUUAAUCACUAGAAGCAAUGAUAAGCGAUGCUUAUUCAAAAAGUUCCGACGUCUUUGA